AUGACUAAUAACGAACGCCAAAAACCCUAUAACCCAGAAACAUCGGUGUUUAUUGGUAAAUUACCUAAGUCUAUGAAGGAAAAUGAAAUUAGAGAAAAGUUUAUUACCUGUGGGAGAAUAUCUCGUAUGAUGAUGCAAUAUUAUCCAAAUGGUCAAUCAAAAGGGUGUUGUUUCAUUGAGUUCGAAGACAAAAAAGGAGCUGAACGAGCAUGUUCUAGAGAUGGGUCAAUUAUUGAUAAACAAUAUAUCCGUGUUAAUAUGGCAGAGAAAAAACCAAUGAAAUUAAAUUAUAAACAUUUGCCAAAAACAACUCAAAAGAAAAUGAAUAAUUCGUAUUGUAUUUUUGUCGGUAAGGUUUCUUCUAUUACUACUGAAAGUACAUUAGUUAAAAUUUUUGCAAAAUGUGGUAAAGUAUUACGGGUUACUAUUCCAAUUUGGAGAAACACAAAUAAAAGAAGAGGUUUUGCUGUUGUUGAAUUUGCUUCACUUGCUUCAGUUGAAAAAGCAUUAGAAUUGGCUAAUACGACUGUUGAUGGAAAACAAAUUACUGUUAUGAGACUUGAUGAUGUUUUAAAUAAAGAAAAACAACCAAAAACAAAGAAAGAAAAGAAAGACAAAUCUUCAACGAAAAAACAAUUAACAGAAGAAACCAAGGAAGAAAAAGAACAAGGAGAAGAAGAAAUGAAAAAAGAAGAGGAGGAUAUUAAUGGCGAUAGCCCUACUACUAAAAUGGAAGAAGACGAUUCAAGUGAAGAUUUCUCUUCAAAAGAUAUUCAAAAAGAAAUAAAGAAAGAAAUUAAACAAAAAAGACAAGAGGAACUUAAAGAAAAACAUACCAAUGAAGACGAUAUAUUUGAACAAGAAUUAUUAAAAAUGGAAAGUACGGAUAAUUGA